AUCGGGCGCAGUAAAGUGACCUUCUUCUUCGCGGCCUCGUCGCUCGUCCUGGAGCCCGGCGAGGACCUUGAAUGUUUUUAAACGGCGGCGUUUGAUUUUCUGCGUUCGUUUUAUCGUACAAGCACGCAGCCAUGCCCACGACGCUGGAAGUACCCACACUGCAGGAGCUGAAGGUGGACGAGAUAAAUGUGUCCUCUGCAGUGCUGAAGGCUGCUGCCCACCAUUAUGGCUCUCAGUGUGACAAACCCAACAAGGAGUUCAUGCUCUGCCGCUGGGAGGAGAAGGACCCCAGGAAGUGUCUAGAAGAAGGGAGGAAAGUCAACGAAUGUGCACUCAACUUCUUCAGGCAAAUCAAGGGGAACUGUGCUGAGUCCUUCACAGAGUACUGGACCUGUCUGGAUUAUACAAACUUGGUAGAGCUGCGCCACUGCCGUAAACAGCAGCAAGCCUUCGACAGCUGCGUCCUUGAUAAACUGGGGUGGGAGAGACCUGACCUGGGAGAUCUGUCUAAGGUAACCAAAGUGGCGACCUCGCGGCCUCUCCCAGAGAACCCCUACCAUUCUAGACCACGUCCAGAGCCCAACCCAGCCACAGAGGGAAAACUGGAGCCUGCCAAACAUGGCAGCAGGCUAUUCUUCUGGAGCUGGUGAGGCAGAACAUCAGUCACCCUCCACAGUCAUGAGCUCUGUCCAAAAACAGCCUGACCACUGGUUAAUCCAUCGGUGACAUUUCAAGGGUUUAAAUCUCUCAGGUGCAAACAUCAGCAUUAAGGAUGCUGGUUUUGGCACCAGUAUGGUGUGAGGGUUGGAUUUGGACAGGGUUCAUGUUCCAACGGUCUUUUCAGCAGCUUUACCUCCAACAUUGUCCAACAGUUCGAUAAAGGAAAGAAGGAUGGAUGAUUGUGUGAACAAAGUCCAUGAGUCCAUACUGCUUUCUGACCACUUCUGUAAAUGUAAUAAGUGAACAAAAGCAACAUGCUGUUAUUAUUGUUGUCAGAUAAUAAAGAGAUAAAUUAUAA